AUGGGCUUUCUAGACUCGCUAAAGAAACCUGUUAGCAUUAAGAGCUCGCUCCCUAAGUUUUCCCGCAGUGCCAGUAGCCUAAGUUCAAGAAGCCACCCAAUAAGUUCUCGACCCUUCCAGGAAUUACCACCAGAGCUGUUUGCCACCACUAAGCCUAUAUUCAAGAUUUUGCAAGCACAAGCAAAUAAGGUUUACUUCCAAUCUUCUAAUACUGAAGCAGUAUGGAAUAUUAAGGAUUCUUCUGGUCAUUUUUUUGAAGCCACAUCAAUUUCAUUGGUCGGUUCCCAUAUAAUCAUUGCUGAUUCCUCUGCAAGGGCCGUAAAUGUGUCCAUCAUAGAUUCUUCUUCUAAUAUAAAUCAGUGUGAGAUUUCAAGCGUUGGUGAAUUCCUACAGUUCAAUAAGGGCCAGCUGUCUGUUACAUGUAACGAUUUUCCCUUACUAGAAAAGUUCAAAAGGUUAUGUAUGAUUUCAAUUUUCGAGUUCAUUUCCACAUAUAAAGCCUUGACCGGUACAAUCAUUUCAUCCUAUGGGUUGCGAAUGUCCGAUAUGCAUGUUAUUUUGAACUCACCGUUUAAUUUUAAAGAUUGGUGUGAGGUUUACAUUGACGGUCAAGGUUGGGUUAAAGUAUGGUGCCAUAUUGAUAAAGUGUCUAAGAAUAAUAAUCCUAAAACCAAUAGCGACCACGAUGCGAAAGGAAAAUAUCAAAUCAGAUUUUAUAGAGAUGACAAAUCUACAUCUAGCAAAAACUGCGUGUUUUUCAUCCCAGACAAUGAGUAUGUUCAAGAUAUUUUCUUCUAUAACGCCAACUCAGCAGAACCUUCUAAAAGUAUGAAUGAGUUCUUCGAAGGAUUGCAAAUGAUAAAGCUUGUUGGUAACGUGCGUUUCUGCAGUGAUACGGAUUUGACUGAUAUAAUGGAUAAUGGGUCUGUCUACAGUAGUGCUAACAAUGGCAGUGGUGACAGCAGCUCAGCGGCGCUGAAUAAUGAAAGUCCCAACACUACACCAAAGAGUAGAACUUUCUUUUCACCGAAAGGCCAUAAAAGAAACAGUUCUCACGUAAGUUCGUUAACUUCAAGAUCGGCAAAGAAGCCCAUAACUAACUUUACUACACGGACAAAUGGACUUUUAAUUAGGCCAUUGCCUCAUCACGGUGUCCAUCACUUAGAAGCAAUGAUUAGGUUCAUUAUACCCUUGAUGGACUGUGCAAGACUCUAUGGGCGUCCAGUUCAAUUCAAAACAGACAGAACGGAUAUGAAUUCGCUAAUGUUUGGACUUCCUAAAUUGCCCUCUGUGGACUAUUUUGCUCAGGAGGAGAUAGCCCAUUUAAUGACUCAGGAUUUCAAUCCUUUGAAGGAAGAAGAUACUGAUGAUACAAUGGCUUUAACCAUGUCAAGAUUCACCGGCUAUUUGCAAGAAAGAACGACAAAAGUCCCGAAGAGAAAUAUGGAACUGAAUUUCAGGACAUUUGGUGAUGUAAUGGGCAUAUAUAAUUCUACGAGGGAGCGUUCUAAACUUAGUUCCAUGGCUGAUGAAGAUAAUUCGAUGAAGGAGCUUUCGUUGAGUGAUAAAAGCAACGUUAGUUCCGAUACAACAAAUGUGAUGAACCAAUUACAGGUAAACGCCCACAAAUACCCAAACUCUAUGUGCGAACGCCCUAUCGUUGCAAGCACAUCACCUUUGGCCUAG